AAAGGUGGCGGGUUGCAAAAAAAAAAAAGAAAAAAAAAGACACGCCUUUUUUGUCCCCUUUUUUGUUCAUUUUGUUUCUUGUUUACAAAAUGAUCACACUUGGGCAAGCGUCAUGCUUGGUGCUCGACAUGGUGCCUACUGACGAAAACAGGAAAAAGGCCGUUGACAUCAUGGCAGCGUCACCAUUUGGAGUGACUUAUACAAGUACCAAAGGCCAUUUUGAACCUUUUGCAUUAGCCAAAACAAUCAUCGCGAAAAAUCCAUACAAGUACAAAGUUUACCCAGCAACACCUCCAACAAGUCCAGAACAAUCUGAUACAGAGAACAGCGGUAAGUGAAGGUGUAGUUCAUAUAUACCGCUAUACUCGCACGGAUAAA